UGCAGAUGUAUGUGUGUGUUUAUUGACAGAAACAAUAGGCAAACGCGCUGAUUUAGAGGGUACUCGAUAAAGACAAUUUGACUAACGCUUAUUCCUUUGAUAACAGCUCGAUUACGUAAUGAUCGUAGGCACUCGACUUAGUCGUCUGGCGGCUGGUCGCCUCUUGCCUGGAAUGGCUUGCAGACGCGCCCACACGGAGCGCAAAGUUCAGGUGCCCGACACAGGUGACUUGCACAUUGUCGAGUGUGGCACCGGCCCUCGCAGUUUACUCUUAAUGCCGGGCGCCUUGGGCUCCGCUUGGACAGAUUUUAAGCCACAGAUCGAACAGCUGCCCAAGCUGUUGCCAGAUCAUACGAUCAUUGCUUGGGAUCCGCCCGGCUAUGGGAAAUCGGUACCUCCGCAAAGGAAGUUCGGGCUGGAGUUCUUUCGCGAGGAUGCAGAGGCGGCUGUCAAGCUAAUGCGUGCACUGAACCGACCCAAGUUCUCUGUCUUAGGUUGGAGCGAUGGCGGCAUAACUGCGCUAAUCCUCGCCGGCCGACACACCGAUGCUGUAGAGAAGCUGGCCAUUUGGGGUGCCGGUGCCUAUCUAAACAAAGAUGAGGUACAGUCACUGCAAGCGAUACGGGACGUAGCCAAAUGGUCGCCACGUAUGCGAGAGCCCAUGGAACAGGUGUACGGCGUCGAGCGUUUCGCCCAACUAUGGGGCGAGUGGGUGGAUGCCGCUUGUGAAUUUUACACGCAACGCGAAGGCGACUUUUGCCGCAGCGAAGUGGAGCAAGUGAAGGCUCCCAUCUUCAUAUUGCAUGGCAAAAAGGAUCCAAUGAUUGCCGCAGAGCAUGUGCCCUGGCUGAAGCAACGACUGCCCAAAGCGCUUUACCACGAAUUCCCCGAUGGCAAACACAAUAUACAUCUGCGCUAUGCCGAGGAGUUCAAUAAGCUGGUCGCCGACUUCUUCAGGGGCAAGGAAUAAGAGAGAGAAGAGUUGAUUUUUUGCUUAUGAACAAAUAGUAUAAAGAUUUAUUAAUUCAUGAUUUACAGAGAACAA